AUAAUAAAAUACAGCACUUCUCUUGCAGCCCAGAGGCCCUGAUUUCCAUCCCAAGUACCACAUACAAAGUGUGUUUGUGUUCGGAGGUGAACUCAUCAAGAAGAGACUAAAGCUGGACACCCGCCCGCCGUGAAGGCUGGCGGGAUGCGGAUCGUGCAGAAACACCCGCACACCGGAGACGCUAGAGAGGAGCGGGACAAGGAGGACCAGGAGUGGGAAAGCCCCAGCCCGCCCAAGCCCACCGUGUUCAUCUCCGGCGUCAUCGCCCGGGGUGACAAAGACUUCCCCCCAGCAGCCGCGCAGGUGGCUCACCAGAAGCCCCAUGCCUCCAUAGACAAGCACCCGUCCCCGCGGCCCCAGAACAUCCAGCAGCCUCGAAAGUGACCUGGUGUCACGCACCCAGGCUCCGCAGCAGCAGUGCCUGGACGGCCCGGUUCCACCACACAAUGUGGCUGGCGCUGUCUUUGGAAAACAGCUCACUGGGCGAUCUGAGGCCAAGCAGAGCCUCCCGCCUCUGUCUUGUAUUCGCAACCUCAAACUAGAAAUGGCUCCAAUCCCCAUGGUUGUGGGAGGGCCACUGAAGGGUCAGUGUGCCUCCCGAAGUGCCACCAGCAAGUUGCCAAGAUCUAAUUAAAAAGCAGCCUUUCACACACACACACACACACACACACA